GACUGCCCAGUCACUUCGUGCUGGCCUCCUCCUCAGGCUGCAGACAUGUCCAGCCUCCAGGAACUGUGCUCUGGCCUGCCCCUACAACCCCUCCCUGAGAACCGGGGGCGCUGGGCUGGGGUGCCGCACGCUCCGGUCAGGACUCCCGGCCUCAGCCCUGCAGAAGAGCAGCUGGCUCUGAAGAAUGCUCUGCGCUACUUCCCACCCACUGUCCAGAAGCUGUUGGCCCAGGAGUUUGCCCAGGAGCUACGACAGUUUGGACACAUCUACAUGUACCGGUUCUGCCCCAGCAUUGAGAUGAGGGCCUACCCAAUUGAUCAGUACCCAUGCCGGACACGGGCAGCAGCAGCCAUCAUGCACAUGAUUAUGAACAAUCUGGACCCCGCUGUGGCCCAGUUUCCACAGGAGCUGGUGACCUACGGAGGAAAUGGGCAGGUGUUCAGCAACUGGGCUCAGUUCUGGCUGACCAUGUCCUACUUGUCGAAGAUGACUGAGGAACAGACUCUGGUCAUGUACAGUGGACACCCACUGGGCCUCUUCCCCAGCAGCCCUGGUGCCCCACGACUGGUCAUAACCAACGGGAUGGUCAUUCCCAACUACUCCUCCAGGACAGAGUAUGAGAAGCUGUUUGCGUUGGGGGUGACCAUGUAUGGCCAGAUGACAGCAGGCAGCUACUGCUACAUUGGUCCCCAGGGCAUUGUCCACGGCACAGUGCUCACUGUGCUGAAUGCCGGUCGGCGGUACCUGGGCAUCCAGGACUUGGCAGGGAAGGUCUUCGUCACCUCCGGGCUCGGUGGGAUGAGUGGGGCUCAAGCCAAGGCUGCAGCCAUCGUUGGAUGCAUCGGAGUGAUCGCAGAGGUUGACAAAGCUGCACUUGUAAAACGCCACCGGCAAGGCUGGCUGAUGGAGGUGACUGACAGCUUGGACCACUGCAUUUUGAGACUCAGGGAAGCAAGGAAAAAGAAGGAGGUGCUCAGCCUUGGCUACCAUGGCAACGUGGUGGAUCUUUGGGAGCGCCUGGUCCAUGAACUGGACACCACGGGGGAGCUCUUAGUGGAUCUCGGGUCGGACCAGACAUCCUGUCACAACCCGUUCAACGGUGGCUACUACCCUGUGCAGCUGAGCUUCUCAGAGGCCCAGAGCCUCAUGGCCUCCAACCCAGCUGCCUUCAAGAACCUGGUGCAGGAAAGCCUGAGGAGGCAUGUCUCAGCCAUCAACAGGUUGGCCCAGGAGAAGUUCUACUUUUGGGACUACGGUAACGCCUUCCUCUUGGAGGCUCAGAGAGCAGGAGCAGAUGUAGAGAAGAAAGGAGCCAACAAGAUGGAGUUCCGCUACCCCUCCUAUGUCCAGCACAUUAUGGGGGACAUAUUCUCCCAGGGCUUUGGGCCCUUCCGUUGGGUAUGCACAUCAGGGGACCCCCAGGACCUGGCUGUCACCGAUCACCUGGCCACAUCUGUGCUGGAGAAAAUCAUUGACGACGGAGUGAAGACAUCUGUUAAGCUACAGUAUAUGGAUAACAUUCGCUGGAUCCGGGAGGCUGCCAAGCACCAGCUGGUGGUGGGCUCCCAGGCGAGGAUCCUGUACUCAGACCAGAAAGGACGUGUGGCCAUUGCCGUGGCCAUUAACCAGGCCAUCGCCAGUGGGAAGAUCAAGGCACCAGUGGUCCUGAGCCGUGAUCACCAUGAUGUGAGUGGCACUGACAGCCCCUUUAGGGAGACUUCCAAUAUUUAUGACGGUUCUGCCUUCUGCGCAGACAUGGCCGUGCAGAACUUCGUGGGAGAUGCCUGUCGUGGUGCCACCUGGGUUGCACUUCACAAUGGAGGGGGUGUAGGCUGGGGCGAGGUGAUCAAUGGGGGAUUUGGCCUUGUGCUAGAUGGGUCGGCACAGGCUGAGCAGAAAGCCAGGAUGAUGCUCAGCUGGGAUGUCUCCAAUGGUGUGGCGCGGCGCUGCUGGUCUGGGAACCCCAAGGCCUAUGAGAUCAUCUGCCAGACAAUGCAGGAGAACAGCGGCCUGGCGGUGACCCUUCCCCACGAGGUGGUAGAUGAACGAGUGAUACAGCAGGCCCUGAGGCCCUGAGAAGAGCCAGGGUCCUCUUGAUCCCCUCCUUCCCACUGCCCUCCCCUCUCAGAUCACCCCCCCCCCCGGCACUGCACCCCUACAUAGCUCUCCUAGUGUCCCACACGGUGAACCACAGAGUCUUUGACCAGUGGAUUGAGAGCCCUCCAACAACAGUAGGACACAUCUUGUUUAUGGGCAGGUCCUUAAGACUGCACUAGAGUGGACUCCAGCUUAGAUGGCCAAGCUGGCGCCAGCCUCCCAGCAUUCUGUGACCUUCUCGAAGUGAUGUUCAGUCUCCUGUCCACCACCGUCCCCACACUACCUUCCUAGCUAUCCUCCCAUCCCUUGUCUGUGCCAUCAUUUCCGGUUCCUCAGGGAACCAGGGAUGGGUACACAAAGUGCCCACACCAGGUCCCUGAUGCCGAGGAAUACGGGGAGGAGAGAGACAGGAAAUAAAGAAUAAAGGAGAGGCGAGUACAUGGCGUAAACUGGGCUAGCAGGAGUGGGUAGCACAGUGUCUGAGGCAAAAUGGCCAGGUGCUGGGCCAUGUGGAGAGAAGACACUUUCCAGGUCAGCUGUGUGGACCUGAAAAACAGAACCAACCACUUCCCUGAGGUCCCUGGGGGUCUGUUUGGGAACUGGAAUCCUGCAGGAGUUGCAUUGGCCUAAAGCUGGGGUCUUGCACCCUUCCCAGACCAACCAACCGGAUCUACACCAGACUUGCCUCUGGAGCAGGGGCCCUGGCAAAGAGAAUUGGGUAGCUGUGCUUCCUUGGCCUGCCUCUGAAGUUGCUACUCCUUCAUAGUGCCACCUACCUCCCAACCCCCGGCUUCAGGGCCCUCCCACCACGCUGUUCCCCGUGCCCUCUCUUCAGUCCUCCCCAGGCCAGCUCUCCCGAUGUGUUUACCAUGGGCUUGUUGUCCCCUAUGCUGAGUCAGGGCUAAAGAAAAUCCUAAAGGUGGAUGAGAGAAAAGGGAGAGAAAGAAAGACCCCUGGGACCACUGGCCUGGCACCAGAGAAGUUGUGCCAUGUUUGGCUCAUCCUGACAUAGGACCAGACAGAAGGAACCCUUUGUCUUCCCUAGAGUGCCAUAGGAAAGACAUGAGGGUCCUCCAGCACCCCUAUCCAGGAUAGACCAUGAUGCCCUGCUGUGGGAGCAGGACUGAGAGAUUUGGGUGUGGACAGUCCUACUUCACUGUCAUGAGCAAGCAAUGGUCUUAUUUAGACUUAAGGAGACACCGGGCCUUAGGAAAAUGUAAUUAAGUCUGAUACAAACACAAAAGGAUGUUUUAUUAUGAUGUUACCAUAAUCGAAUAUGCAAGGCAAUUAACAUACAAAGAGACGAGUGGUUUUUUGGCUGACAGUUCUGGAGGUCCCCACCAAAGAUCAAGAAGUUGUAUUGCUUUGGGCUUCUGGCAACAGUGCCAAAUGGCAACGGCAGGGGGCACAUGGCAGAACAAAAUGCUUACCCUACGAGCCAGGAAGCAAAGAAGGGAAGUUUGGACCCAAGCCCUACAAUCCCUCAAGGGCCUGUUCCAAUGACCUAAAGACCUCCCACUAGCUCUGACGCUAAAGUUCCACCACUUCCCAACACCCCCUCUUAAUAGACGAGCCAUAGCAGAGGUCAACACUUGCUUCCUGUUCUCUUGGUCUGUGUUUCUUGCAUGAAAUAAAAAUUUUCCUAAAUCAAAAA